AUGUCGCCCAAGGACUUCUCACUUGUCUCACCAAUCUUCUGCAUAACUCUUCCAAGGAACAUUGGCGUCGGAUUUGGCGUGAGCCAAAGUGCUAAGCGUGUACGCGGCGCGUCCCUUUAUCUCCUGUCGAAUUCUGUUCUCAGCUCCUCGAGCAAGACAGCAAUGGUGCUGUCGACGAUACCUAGGAAAUACACGUAUGCGCUGCUGGCAGGCAUCGCGUUGAUUGUGUUUCUGUUUGGCCACUACUCAUUCCAAAACCCCGCACACUCAAGCAUCAUCCCCCAAGCACCGUCACCAGCGUCCCCGACUACACAAGAUUCCAAACCUCCGCAAGAUCCCGAGCAAACACAAGAUCCUGAACCAACACAAGACUCCAAGCCAACACAAGACCCCGAUCCGAUACAAGACUCCGCGCCAAACAUCCCAGAGUCGCAAUCCCUUGCCGCGCAACCUUUCCCCCUAAAGAUUUGGCAGAGCUGGAAGGACGACGCAGAAGACCCAACAGACCGAACCAUCGGCUUCCCCCAUCAAUGGCGGGCAGUUAAUCCUACAUGGCGGUAUGAGCGUAUCACAGAUGCCAAUAAUGACGUCUAUGUUCGGGACCACUUCGAUCCGGCUAUCUGGGGUGUCUUUAAAAGCUUGAAGGAUCCAAUUCUCAAGGCUGACUUCUUGCGAUACCUCAUUCUGUUUGGGGAAGGCGGUGUAUGGGCCGAUAUUGAUGUCUUUCCGCUCCAGCCCGUUUCAAAAUGGAUUCCGGAAGAGUAUCAAGGCAAUGUAAGCCUGGUUAUUGGGAUCGAGAAUGACCACCACAAAGAGCCAAUUUGGCCCGGCUCUCCAUAUUCCGUUCAGCUGUGCCAAUACACCGUCCUAGCCAAGCCAGGACACCCGGCUCUUAAGGUCCUUGUCGACCAGGUGGCCGCAGACCUUGAGCAAUUGGUCAAAUCCAAGCAGCCGGGAGACGACACUACCUUUGAGGAGGUUAUGGCCACUACUGGACCGUUUGCCUUCACCAAAGUGAUGAUGGAUUACUUUACCAACAUGACGAGUGUGGAUCACACUGGUGAUGAGUUUGAUGACCUUCAAGAGCCCCGACUGAUUGGCGACGUGCUGGUUCUGCCCAAGGAUAGCUUUGGCUGGUUGCCACAAGAGCAUACACAUGAAAAGGGCGAUGCCAUGAUCCUUGUCGAGCACCUAUUUAUCGGGUCUUGGCGGGAUGGCCAUCCUGGCUGA